AUGCGUGAACCUGCGCCCCGGCGGCCGGCGGGCGGUGGAGGGGCGGGCGAGGACCCCACCGAGCGCUGGAGCCCCGAGUCGCCGCUGCAGGCGCCGCGCGUGCUCGUCGCGCUGCUGGCGCGGAACGCGGCCCACGCGCUGCCCGCCACGCUCGGCGCGCUCGAGCGGCUGCGCCACCCGCGGGAGCGCACGGCGCUGUGCCACGGACCACAACGCGGGACAACACCUCUGGCCGUGCUGCGGAGUGGCUGGUGGCGUGAAGGGUUCACCUUCCGUGAGUGGCGGCCGGCGGAGGAGCCCAGGUCCUACCCGGACGAGGAGGGCCCCAAACACUGGUCCGACUUGCGCUACGAGCACGUCAUGAGAUCUCUUAGUACGUGCAAGGACGAACCUGGGACCGUGGCGGAGCGCGCGGGACCCGAUCCCCUCCGAGGCACACCGCAGAGAGCGGCGCAGUACGACACACAGCGAAGCCGGCUGACGGUGCCACGACCGGCCCACUGCCGGCCACUGCUGGCCCACACCAGCGCAUUAUCAGAGAAACACCCCCCGCCCUGGGGCGAUGCUCUCAGGAGCUCGCCCCUCCGGCCACCUGGGGACCCCGCGUGGGGCUGGGCCGUCCCAGGAGGGCUGGCCGCUGAGCUCUGUCCGUGUCCUCCUGCCGGGCAGGCCGUGGACGCGACCAAUCUGCGGUACGUGGCUGCCAUCAUCCUGAGUGAGAAGCAGUGCCAGGACCGUCUGCAGGAGACCAACAAGAGCUGCAACGCGCUGCUCCUCAUGCUGGGCCAGAAGGCCAGGACGGCGGAGGUGGAGCUGGCCAAGGAGAAGGCGGUGUGCGGCAAGGACAGGGAGGGCCUGGCGCUGGCCCGGCGCGCGGCGGAGGAGCAGCUGGCCGAGUGCGGGCGGGCCCGCGAGCAGCAGCGGCAGGAGCGGCAGCUGGCGGAGGACCGGCUGCAGAAGGUGCAGGCGCUGUGCCUGCAGCUGGACAAGGACAAGUUCGAGGCCGACCUGCGGAGCCUGUGGCGGGACUCCAUCAUCCCGCGCCGGCUGGACUCCCUGAGCUACGGCCUCUACGCGCCGCUGGGCCCGGAGCUGGACGCCAUCCGCCGCGGCUGCGACCUCCUGCCCGGGGUCAUGAGCUCCAAGGUGGAGGAGCUGGCCCGCAGCCUCAGGGCCGGCAUCGAGCGCGUGGCCCGGGAGAACUCGGACCUGCAGCGCCAGAAGCUGGAGGCCGAGCAGGGGCUGCGGGCGGGGCAGGAGGCCCGGGAGAAGGCGGAGAAGGAGGCCCAGGCCCGGGAGGCCAAGCUGCAGGCCGAGUGCGCCCGGCAGACGCAGCUGGCGCUGGAGGAGAAGGCGGCCCUGCGGAGGGAGCGGGACGGCGCGGCCAAGGAGCUGCAGGAGAGGAAGAGGGAGGCCGAGCAGGCCAAGAUGCAGCUGGCCGUCAGCAACUCGGCCCUGGACACCUGCAUCAAGGCCAAGUCACAGCCACUGUCGGUGCCCAGACCCGUGGGGCCCGCCCCCAACCCCCCGCCCGUCAUCGACGCGGCUGGCCUGGAGGAAUUCAAGAGGAGGAUCCUGGAGUCCCAGAGGCCCCCUGCAGGCAGCCCCGCCGCCCCCGCCAGUGGCUGAGGAGGCCGCGGGCCUGAGGACCGAGCGGAGGCCAGGACUCGCCCGUCUGCGGACUCGCGCGGCCAGACGCACCCGGAGCCGGACGCAGUCCCUCCCGCCGCCGCCGGACCGCCGCCCUCGCCCCGCGUAACUCCCGCCACAGCCCCGCCCCGCGACCCCCCCCAUGCACGGCGGUGACGUCACACCGCCGCGGCGGUGA